UUAAUGCAUUAGGUUUGUUUGCAGGGCGGUUCAUGUGUUACGCAAUAGUUGUUUUAUUGUGGCUCAAAGCUCCUCCUGCAUCCACAACUACAUCCAGUUCAUAGUUCGCAUUCUUGGAUUCCUGGAUUUCUGCAGGGCUCGUCUUCUCCCCCUCCCUCCCUCCGCAUGACGUCGCUGAGAGUUGCAUGAAAGAAACAGCGGAAGAAGGAGAAAGAAGAAAGUUUGCUUUUGCUUUUUUAAAAUUCACUCCAGCAGCAAUGCACUUCCACAUAAAACACAUCCUGCGCCUGAAUCACUGCGCUCCCCUCCAGCGCAAGAGGACACUCGGGAGGAAACUGUGGACAGCUGCUGCACAACAACAACAAAAACAACAACAACGUGGUUUCAGAGCUCCAGGAUCGCAUGUGUGUGCAGACACCAGGACGUAUUUCACCCCGCGGGGCUGCAGGAGCUAUGCGUCCGACACCGCGUACGGCCGAGCCUUCGCCACGGCCAGGGACAACCCCGAGACAUUCUGGGGGGAGAUGGGACAGGAUAUCAGCUGGUUUGAACCGUGGAGUAAAACUUUGCACAUUGAGGAUCCAGUGUUUCCAAACUGGUUUCUAGGAGGGAAGCUGAACAUGUGCUACAAUGCUGUGGAUCGUCAUGUAGAGAGCGGCCGUGGGGAGCAAGCUGCCAUAAUUUAUGACAGCCCAGUGACUGGAACUAAACAGAUCAUCACUUUCAGGGAACUUCAGCACCAGGUGUCCAAGUUAGCAGGAGUCUUGGUGAAGCAUGGCGUCCGGAAAGGAGACCUGGUGGUCAUCUACAUGCCCAUGGUGCCGCAGGCCAUGUUCACCAUGUUGGCGUGUGCGCGCAUUGGUGCCCCGCACAGCCUCAUCUUUGGCGGCUUCGCUUCCAAAGAACUCUCCGUCCGCAUCGAUCACGCCAAGCCCAAGCUGCUGGUUACAGCCUCGUUUGGCAUCGAGCCAGGCAGAAAAGUAGAGUACAUCCCUCUGGUGGAGAAGGCCUUGGAGCUGAGCUCUCACAGGCCCUCGAAAGUCCUCGUCUACAACAGGCCUAACAUGGAGAGAGUCUCAAUGAGUCCAGAGUUGAGUCUGGACUGGGAGGAAGAGAUGGCCAAAGCUCAGCCUCAUGACUGCGUUUCUGUCCCGUCCAACCACCCUCUCUACGUCCUGUAUACGUCCGGGACCACAGGAACACCAAAGGGUGUUGUGCGAGACACUGCAGGCUAUGCUGUGAUGCUGAAAUGGACCAUGUCAAAUAUUUAUGGACUCAAGCCUGGAGAUGUUUGGUGGGCUGCGUCAGACCUCGGCUGGGUGGUCGGCCAUUCAUAUAUCUGCUACGGCCCUCUGCUCCAUGGCAACAGCACGAUCCUCUAUGAGGGCAAGCCUGUGGGGACUCCGGACCCUGGGGCGUUCUUCCGUGUCCUGUCUGAAAACGGCGCCUCCUCCAUGUUCACAGCACCCACCGCGAUCCGAGCCAUUCGCCAGCAGGACCCCCAUGCUGCUAUCGGGAAAAAAUACCCCCUGUCCAGGUUGCGGUCUUUAUUCUUGGCGGGAGAGCGAUGUGAUGUGGAGACGCUGGAGUGGGCAAAGAAGAGCUUUGGGGUUCCUGUCCUGGAUCACUGGUGGCAGACUGAAACCGGCUCACCCAUCACCUCCUCCUGUAUCGGGCUGGGGAACCCACUCACGCCACCUGCAGGUCAGGCUGGCAAACCUGUUCCAGGUUACAACGUCACGGUGAUCGAUGAUGACAUGCAGGAGGUAAAGCCAAGAACCCUGGGAAAUAUUGUGGUGAGGCUGCCUUUAGCACCCGGUGCAGCGCUGUCGCUGUGGCAGAACCGCGAUCUGUUCAAGAAGCUCUACUUCACCAAGUUCCCGGGUUACUACGACACCAUGGACGCAGGUUUCAUGGACGACGAGGGUUUCCUUUACAUCAUGUCCCGGUCCGACGACGUCAUCAACGUGGCAGGCCACAGGCUGUCCGCUGGAGCGUUGGAGGAGUCAGUGCUGCUGCACCCUGCAGUGGGAGACUGCGCCGUGGUGGGUCUAGAGGACAGUCUGAAGGGUGCUGUUCCCCUGGCCCUGUGUGUACUCAAAAAUGGUGUGCAGAAAACCGAAGAGGAGAUCGUGAACGAGAUGGUGAAGCUCGUGAGAGACACCAUCGGACCGGUGGCCGCCUUCAGGAAAGUGCUUUUUGUCCAAGGAUUGCCGAAGACGCGAUCCGGCAAGAUCCCGCGCUCGUCUCUGGCAAACCUGGUCAACGGCAAGCCGUACAAGAUCACUCCGACCAUCGAGGACCCGGACGUGUUCAAAGACAUCGAGGGGCAGGUAGAAAAAGUCCUGAGACGCCGCCGAGCCUGAAGAAAACGAAGGUCGGCGACACGAACUGUGCGUGAACUUCGACGUAAAGCAGCUUUUAAAACAUUUAAGUCUUCGCCUCGUGUGAAACUGUAGCAGGGUUGAUGUAACUGACUGAAGAAAAUCACAUUCACUGACAGUAGUUUUGUUUUUGUUUUUUUAUUGACAAUGAAAAUUUGCUUGCUCACCACUUAGUUUUGACCAAAGUACAAGAAUAAAUUAAAAAAAAAAAAAAA